GGUCAAUGUUCGUAUCGUGCCGCUUAGAAUCUAACACACGGUAUCCUCCUUCUUUGUCAUCCCUUGGAGUUAACAUCUGGUUUGCCAAUGGGAGAUAAAGCUGCACCUUGUACAUGAAGGUUGACAAUGGUGUCAUCCAAUGGCACUGCUUGAAGCACAUGACGUUGUAGCACAUGAAAUAUACAGUGAAGACGCUGUCCGUGCAACACCGCCUCCAAUUAUGCCCUAUCUGAAUGGCAGCCAAGAAAUGGAACCUCUGAGAGAACCACAUUUAGAGACUGUUACAAGAGUCAGGCUUGUACAGUUCGAGAAGAAUACAGAUGAGCCUAUGGGAAUCACUUUAAAAUUGGAUGAAGGUGGAAAGUGUAUUGUGGCUCGAAUUAUGCAUGGAGGGAUGAUUCAUAGACAAGCAACCCUUCACGUGGGUGAUGAGAUUAAAGAAAUCAAUGGAGUGCCUGUAGGAAACCAGUCUGUUGAAACAUUACAAACUAUGAUGAGAGAAGCCCGAGGUAGUGUGACAUUCAAGAUUGUACCAAGUUACCGCAUUGCCCCUCCCCCAUGUGAGUAUUUCCAGAUAAACCCACCUCCAGUUCUAAUCUACAUGAAGGCUCAGUUUGAUUACAAUCCUCUAAAAGAUGACCUUAUACCCUGUGCUCAAGCUGGAAUUUCCUUCAGAAUAGGAGAUAUUCUUCAAAUCAUCAGUAAGGAUGACCAUAACUGGUGGCAAGCCAAGAAGGAAGGCUCGGACAGCACAGCAGGGUUAAUUCCUUCUCCAGAACUUCAGGAAUGGAGAACAGCCUACAUGGCCAUAGAGAGGACCAAGAAUGACCAAGUAAAUUGCUCAAUAUUUGGAAGGAAAAAGAAGCACUAUAAAGACAAAUAUCUAGCCAAACAUAAUGCCAUUUUUGACCAACUAGACUUAGUUACCUAUGAAGAGGUUGUAAAGCUACCAGCCUUUAAAAGAAAGACUCUUGUACUUUUAGGUGCUCAUGGUGUAGGGCGGAGACAUAUUAAGAACAAUCUAAUAUCCAAUCAUCCAGACAAAUAUGCAUAUCCUAUUCCACAUACAACAAGACCUCCAAGGAAAAUGGAAGAAAAUGGAAACUACUUCUUUGUGUCAUAUGAUGAGAUGAUGGCUGACAUUGCAGCUAAUGAAUAUUUGGAGUAUGGAACUCACGAAGAUGCAAUGUAUGGAACAAGACUAGAAACAAUCAGGAGAAUUCAGCAAGAAGAAAAGAUAGCUAUUCUAGAUGUAGAACCACAGGCCUUAAAAAUACUAAGGACAGCAGAAUAUUCACCUUAUGUAAUCUUUAUUGCUGCACCAUCUUUAUCAACCAUGAAUGAUGCUGAUGGAAGUCUAGAACGACUUGCUAAAGAGAGUGAACUUCUUCGUCAGUCAUAUGGGCAUUUUUUUGACAUGACAGUAGUAAACAACAACAUUGAUGAAACAAUAAGAACUUUGGAAAUGGCCAUGGAAAAGAUUAAUGUGACACCCCAGUGGGUGCCUGUCAGUUGGGUCUAUUGAUUGCUCAGGAUUUUAUAUGUACCCAGUUAUUUUUUUCUGAAGAUGGUGAAGAGAGAUUUGAAGCCUUGUUACAAAGACCAUAACCACAAUGAGUGUGCUACACAAGACACAUUUUGUUGUUUUUAGUUUCAUUCCAUUAUCAGUACUUUCCAAGGACACCUUUAAUAUAAAAUUGACUCUUCUUGUACAUGUACCCCAUGGUGCUCUUUAAUUUAAAGUAAUGGGGAAACACAAAAUGAAGUCUGGCCUUACAUUGUUGAGAGUUGUUUUGGGAAGUUGUUACAUUUGAUAUCAAACAAGGAUAGAAGUGCCAUGUCAGUUUGUAAGAAGACAAGUUUAGGUGUGAAACAGUGUUAGUAGAGUUCAGUCACAUAAAAAUAUUUUAGACUGACCAUUCAUCUAUUUGACUUUGAUAACUUGUUUCAAGCAGCAAACACUGUAAAUUCUUGAUCUUAAGCAGGUUGAUCCAGUUACACUUCAUUCAAAUAGAGACUUAACAGUAAAAUCAUCAACAGCUACUGAUAUUUGGUUGUUGCAAAUGUUUAGGAAAAAAACUCUUACUGUAAAGUUGUGAUCUAAGGCUUGUCCACUUAGUUGACAGAGACUUGAAGUUAACAUCAUACUUAGUUCUGAUAUUUGUGAAAUCAACAUUGUUAAGAGUUAAGUAAGUUUUAAGAUAAAUUUUAUUGCAAUGACCAUCUUAUAGGCUACUCAAAAAUUAGAAGUGAGAGUGGCUUUGAGAGAAGUUAUAAAUAGCUUAUUUUAAAACUUGUUUACGAGGUCAAAACUUGGAAUGAUCAGAAGAACAGAAACAAGUGAAUGAAUAUCUCUGAAUCUUAAGCACAGAUAGCCCUGUUGCUUUGUGCCAAAAAACUCUAAACAACCAACUGUAUUUUAAAAGGAGUGAUAGCUGAUUAAAAUAUUAAUAAAAACUAUUUUGAGGUUCAUACAAAAUAAAUCAUCAGUAUUAUUAUAUAAAAUUAUUAUCAAUUUAGUCAAUUUCUACUAUCAUAACCAUUGAAUAAUAAUUUUUGCUUUUCAGUACUGAUUCAAGCAUAAAUUUACUUUAUUGUCAUGGAUGUAUACCACCCAUUCUCACCUUACUAUUUCCUAGCAUGAUAUUUAAAUAAUUGUUUUAUUUCACCUAUUAUACCAAUUUCUCUUUCGGUACAAGGCUUUUUCCAGCUUAGUAAAUAGAUAUUGUCAAACCUAAUAUAGAUACACCAGCUUGUACUUAUAAAGAAAUAUAAUUAUUAUAAAUUAAUCAUUAUUAUCAAACCUUAUGCAAGGUAAAACAGGUAUAUACACAACUCUGAGGGAUGUACAGAAAAAAAUAUAUAUAUAUAUACACAGAGAAGGAAUAAUUCUGGGAGAACUAGUAGAUCUAAUAGAAGGAGUAAAGUAGUUUAAAGAUGUUGAUUUUUAUUUUAAUUAAAUUUAUAUUAAACAGUUUUUUUUUGGAUUUAUUAG